AUGUUCGAUACAAUUUCUUCAAUGCCAGGAGUCAUUUUUCCAUUUAAACAAUUGACUGAAUUAUGUAAAAGAUAUGAUGUACUUUCAUUAAUUGAUGGAGCUCAUGGAGUUGGAUGUAUUCCUCAAGAUUUAUCAGAAAUUGAUCCUGAUUUUUAUGUUAGUAAUUUACAUAAAUGGUAUUUUGUUCCAUUUGGAUGUGCUGUAUUAUACGUCGCUACAAAACAUCAUAAUAAUAUUCAUACUUUCCCAAUUAGUCAUUCUUACGUUUCUGAUGAAACUGUGCUCGAAGAAGAAGAUCAACUCAAUCAUUUAGUUGAUAGAUUUUUCUUUAAUGGAACUAAGAAUGUUGCUUCAAUUGCUGUGAUUCCUGAUGCAAUUAGAUUUAGAGAGAAUGAAUGCGGUGGAGAACAAGCAAUUUUUGAUUAUUGUCAUGGGUUGACAAAACAAGUCGCAACUACGAUUUCAUCUAAAUGGGGUACUUCAUAUUUAGAACAAGAAGAUGGUCCAACAUUAAUUAGUACUAUGGUAACUAUUGAAGUGCCAACAAAAGACAUUGGUCUUGAUGUGGACAGCUUGAAGAAGAAUUGGAAUAGAUUUAUUGAAGUAGUUUAUACAAAGAUGUCAGAUGAAUAUAAAGCAUAUACACCAUGUGUUAUUCACAAUGAUAAAUUAUAUGCUCGUUAUUCAUGUCAAAUUUAUAAUGAACUUAAUGAUUAUGAAGUUGCUGCUGAUUAUUUAAUCAAAGCUUUAAAAGAAUUUGUUGAAUUAGAAUUACAAUUUAAAAACUUAAAGAUUUAA